AUGCAGUCCCGGGAAGACGCCCCGCGCGCCCGCCGCCUCGCCAGUCCCCGCGGCGGCAGGCGGCCCAAGAGGAUGUCCAAGCCGUCGGUGUCGGCGUUCUUCACGGGCCCCGAGGAGCUCAAGGACACGGGCCACUCGGCGGCCCUGCUGGCGCAGCUGAAGUCUUUCUACGACGCGCGGCUGCUGUGCGACGUGAGCAUCGAGGUGGUGACGCCCGGCGGCGCGCCCGGCACGGGGCGCCUCUUCCACUGCAACCGCAACGUGCUGGCCGCCGCGUGCCCCUACUUCAAGAGCAUGUUCACGGGCGGCAUGUUCGAGAGCCAGCAGGCGCGCGUGACCAUGCACGACGUGGACGCCGAGUCCUUCGAGGUGCUGCUGGACUACUGCUACACGGGGCGCGUGUCGCUCAGCGAGGCCAACGUGCAGCGCCUGUACGCCGCCUCCGACAUGCUGCAGCUGGAGUACGUGCGCGAGGCCUGCGCCUCCUUCCUGGCGCGCAGGCUCGACCUGAGCAACUGCGCGGCCAUCCUCAAGUUCGCCGACGCCUUCGACCACCACCAGCUGCGCGCUCAGGCCCAGGCCUUCAUCGCGCACAACUUCAAGCCGCUCAGCAGGAUGGGCUCCGUGCGGGAGGAGACCCUGGCGGACCUGAGCCUGGCCCAGCUGCUGGCCGUGCUGCGCCUGGACAGCCUGGACGUGGACACCGAGAAGACCGUGUGCCACGUGGCCGUCCAGUGGCUGGAGGCGGCGCCCAAGGAGCGGGGGCCUAGUGCCGCCGAAGUCUUCAAGUGCGUCCGCUGGGCGCACCUGGCCGCCGAGGAUCGAGACUACCUGGAAGGGCUGCUGUCCAAGCCAGUGGUGAAGAAGUACUGCCUGGACGUCAUCGAAGGGGCCGUGCAGUUGCGCUAUGGUGACAAGCUGUACAAGUCUCCCGGGCCAAAGCCAAAUGGCAGCGGGAGCGGCAGCGGCUCUGUAGCCGAAAAUCCCCCCCAGAGGCUGGGCAUGUGUGCCAAGGAAAUGGUGAUCUUUUUUGGACAUCCCAGAGAUCCCUUUCUCUGCUAUGACCCAUACUCGGGAGACAUUUACACAAUGCCCUCGCCUUUGACCAGCUUGGCACACACUAAGACCAUCACCUCCUCCGCUGUCUGUGUGUCCCCGGACCAUGACAUCUACCUAGCUGCGCAGCCCAGGAAAGACCUCUGGGUGUAUAAACCGGCUCAAAAUAGUUGGCACCAGCUGGCAGACCGCCUGCUGUGUCGUGAGGGCAUGGAUGUGGCCUAUCUGAAUGGCUACGUUUACGUUUUGGGUGGUCGAGACCCUAUUACCAGAAUUAAGUUGAAGGAAGUGGAGUGCUACAGUGUUCAGAGGAACCAGUGGGCACUGGUGGCCCCUGUUCCUCACUCCUUUUUAUCCUUUAACCUAAUGGUAGUUCAGGACUCUCUCUAUGCUGUCAACAGUAAGCGAAUGUUUUGUUAUGAUCCCAGCUGUAAUAUGUGGCUGAAAUGUGUUUCUCUUAAGCACAGUGCCUUCCGGGAAGCCUGUGUCUUCAAUGAUGAAAUCUAUUGUAUGUGUAACACCUCAGUCAUGAAGGUCUACGAUCCAUUUCGUGCCGAAUGGAGACAAAUGAAUAAUACUCCCUUGGUGUCCGGGACCAACUACUGCAUUUUCAAACAUGGCCAGAAAUUGUUACUUAUCACCACACUGAGCAUACAGUGGAAAAAGAGUAAGGUGACUGUGUAUGAAUACGAUCGUGCUGAAGACCAGUGGACUAAUAUACGGACCACACUAGGCCUCUUGCAGUUUGAUUCUAGUUUCUUUUGCCUCUCAGGUCGUGUUUGUCCUUCAUGCCUUGAAUCUGGUCGGAGUUUUCUUACUGGAGAAGAAACACUGAGUGAAUCUAGUCCUGAAUGGGACUUAGAUGGGUUUAGUGAGUCUGAAUCGGGAAGUUCAAGUACCUCUUCUGAUGAAGAAUUUUGA